AGAGGAAGUAGAUGCUAACUCCGUAAUAGAGGGUAUAUGCUAGAAGGGAUACAGUUUUUGUCGAAUUAACGUCAAAAGUGAAUCAUCCCAACCUGCUGCGUAAAUUCUAACCUACGAAAAGUCAAAUCUGACAAAAACUGGAUCCCAUCUAGUUCUAACCCUUAUAAUACCUACGUUGGUGAAAUUGAAAGAGAAAUUUAACGACUUCGACACUAGCUAAGUAAAUUGAUAUAUUUGGUCAAAUGCACCACAGCUAGCUAGUUGCCUUGUGCAAUUUUCAGACAAAUGUGCCGGCUCUGUAGAUGCUAAAGCUAGGGUCAGGGAGGCACUGCAUAGCCAGCUGUGACUGUAACGUUAGUGAUAUAACUAGCUAAUGCAAUUUUAAAUGAUCAAUGCACUUUCAUUUGCUCGCAGUAGCAUUGCUUUCCCUCGCAGAUUAACAAAACUGAUUGCCUAUCCGUCCCACCUGGUUGACUACAGAUCACCUGCCAAAGUAAUGUCAACUGUAUCUGUGGAGCCAGUGCGCUCUAUUGACAAAUUGAAGCCUGCAGAAGGCAUCUGGCGCCUACGUCAUGUGAAGGGGGACCUGUUCUCCGGUCCUGAAGAUGAGGCCCUGGCCCACUGUAUCAGCAAAGACUGCCACAUGGGGGCUGGCAUCGCAGUUAUGUUCAAGAAGAAGUUUGGUGGAGUGGCUGAGCUAAAGGAACAGAAGAAGGUGCCAGGACAAUGCGCUGUACUGAAAGGACACAAGCGUUUUGUGUACUACCUGAUAACAAAGGAAAAGUACAGCAAAAAGCCCACCUAUGACAGCCUGAGGCAGAGCCUUGAGGACAUGAGGUCUCAUUGCUUAAAAAACGGAGUAACUGCAAUAUCAAUGCCUCGCAUUGGCUGUGGCCUUGAUCGACUGAGCUGGGACAAAGUGGAAAAGAUGCUUGAGAAGGUAUUCCAGCCCACAAGUAUCAGUAUCACUGUGUACACCCUCCCUGUAAAACCCACAGGGAAACCAAGUCCACGGGGAAACCAAGUUUCCAAUAAUGUUUUCUGUAAAACAAAAUUAAGUUAAACUCACAGACAACAUAUCAGCAUACUGGUAUGCACCUGUACACAUUUGCUCUAGGCUGUACUUUUGAAAGAGAAUAAACACACUUUUCCUUGAAAUCAUACCCCCUCUUCAUCUCUUCUUUACCCCUGUUUUAAUUGUUCUAUGAAAUUGCAUGUUCAUAUUUUGCACUUUAAUUACUGUCCUAUAAUGUGGUCCUUCUGUAGCUCAGUUGGUAGAGCAUGGCGCUUGUAACGCCAGGGUAGUGGGUUCAAUUCCCGGGACCACCCAUACGUAGAAUGUAUGCACACAUGACUGUAAGUCGCUUUGGAUAAAAGCGUCCGCUAAAUGGCAUUUAUUAUUAUUAUUAUAUUAAUAUCAUAUUCAUAGGAAUUCUCUCCACCAGAAGGGGGCACCAAUGAUUGUUUUCUCCACAUCACUUCAGUGGCUUGUUCUGUACUGCUUUUUUGUCAUAUUCUGAUUUUAAAUACCCUGUAAGUACCUUGCAUGAAUAAUAAAAAGUAAAUUGUGAUUUUUAAUUUCACAAUAUAAUAAAAUCUGUUUUACACCUUUCA